AUGACGCUAGGCCUGUGAUUGACAGGUGGGGGUUGGGGGGGUCAGUGAUGGCGGCUCGGAGUGGCUGGUUAAUUACCUGCCUCUCGGUGAGGGGUGCAUUGCUGCAGUGUGGCCGAGUCCGCAGAGUUGCUGCCAACGGAUAUGCCAAGAAAGCCACUGUCAAAGGGAAAGGUAAGAUGGGAGUCAAAGAGGCCCUGCAAGGCCCAGAAGUUUGUAAGGAUCCUGUCAUUCUGACCACACAUGCUGUGGGAGUCAAUAUCUACAAGCAAGGCAAAGACCCAGAACUGCGGCCAGAUACUGAAUACCCUGAAUGGUUGUUUACGCUGAACCUUGGACCCCCAAAGAGUCUGGAUGAACUGGACCCAGAAUCUCGGGAAUACUGGAAAAGGAUAAGGAAACAGCAUAUGUGGCAACACAACAAAGUUCACAAAGGAAAGAAAUUCUAAGAAAAACAUAAAGACAAUGCAGCUCAAAGACCCAUUUCCCUCAAAUGAGGACUGCAGUCUGAGGAGAGAAUUUGAAUCGCAGCCACCAGUGCUACUUACACUUCAAACCAGCAGACAGUGCACAGGGCAGUGCUGUGAAGAGAUUGAGUCUGGGUUCCUUGGCUGUAUGUGACAUGACUCAGACAAUGCUACCCAGGAAGAACAUGUUUAAUGUUUUGAUUUACUGGCGAAUGAUACAGAAUAAAAGUAGCAAUUUUCUUAAAAAAAAAAAA